UUACAACGUCACGUGCAUUAUUCGUUGCUAUCGGUCGAGGAGCGGAAAAGCAAGAAAUGACGUUUAAGAUAAACCGAACGUGGGAUGAUCACCUUGUAGACCAUGCUCCAGUAUCCAUUGACCUAAGUCGGGAUAGCACCAAGGGCUUGGUGAUCAUGAAAGUCAAUGCUCCGUUUUUUAAUGAUCCUACUUCUCCGGAAGGCCCUCCUGGUGAGCCUUUCUUCAAACUGUGGGAUUAUGAAGUUGUGGAGGCAUUCUUCCUAGCAAAGGAUGACAAAUACUUGGAAGUUGAACUCUCUCCUCAUGGACAGCAUCUGUUACUUUUGUUAAAUGGAAGAAGAAAUGCCAUCAAGCAUUCUCUGCCGUUGAACUACACUACAACCAUUAGUUUUGACCAAUGGACAGGCAUAGCUGAAAUACCUGUGGAUUAUUUCCCACCUAAUGUUGACCGGUUUAAUGCCUAUGCCAUUCAUGGAUCCGGAAAGGACAGAAUGUAUGAAUCUCUCUAUCCAGUUCCCUCGGGAUCACACACUUCUGCAGAUUUUCAUCGGUUGGAAUACUUUAGGCCUAUUCCUUUUACUCAGCUUAUUCCAAACAAUGCAGGAAGUCCCCUUUCGGAGGUUUGGAGAAAAGCUCUUGGACAGUAACGUGGAGAAACAGCUUAUCAAAUAUCACUUUUCAGUACUUCUUUUCUGUUGUUGUGAAGAUAAUACCUACAUACUUUUUGAUCUAUUACAGUAAGGAC